AUGGUAUAUGUGGAACAACGUAAAGACAAUUCAAAAAAGGCUCAUGAACAACUGAGUUCGUUGUACUUUGCGUUGGCAAGAGCGUACACUAUAGACGAGUUUAACGAACUAAUGUCAAAGGUUGACGAGAUAGACCCACGAGUAAAAAGUUACUUGUAUCAAAUUGGCUACGAAAAGUGGUCUUGUGUGUAUGCAACGGUGAAUAGAACUUGGACGAUGACAUUAAAUAUUGCAGAAUUGGUGAAUGCAGCUAAUAAAGACGCAAGAGAACUGCUAGUAAUUGCUUUGUUAGAAUUCAUGAGGGCACUUAUUGAAAGGUGGAAUAGCACCAACAUGGAAAAUGCUACGGGGUCCCUCACAUUCCUCGGGAAAAAAUACCACAAGAUGCUGGAGGAUAACAAAGUUUUAUCAUAG